UCAAUUGGUAUUUUAAAUAAAAUAUUUGCUUUACAUGUUAAACUGGAUGUAAACAAAGCACAUUUAAAUAGACUAAUAGAUCUGGUAGCUAGUUUGAGAAGCAAUGGCGGCGGUGCUUGACUUCAUAUUUUUAUGCUAUUUUAUCACUCAUAUACCGAUUUCCAUAUUUGUGGAUGCUCAGGUGCUCUUACCAAAAUGGAUUUUCCCGACAAAGGUUGUAGAACUGAAAGCAUGGUACUGUGCAGAGUUCAAGGACACCAUGAUGAUUGACCCUCCAGCUUGGUUUAGAACAUUUGUCUACUGUGAAUUUAUCUUCCAGUUUCCCUUUUUCAUUGUAGCUAUAUAUGCAUUUAUCAAAGGAAUUAAGAAUUGUUCAUGGAUAAGAAUUCCGAUGAUCGUAUAUUCUGCACACGUGGCAACAACAACAGCCGCCAUUUGUUUCCAUAUUAUGUACAACGAUUUUAGCAAAUCAAAACCUAAAGGACCAACAACGCAAUUAGAAAGACAGGCAUUGUUAAUGUUCUAUUUCCCUUACUUGCUAAUUCCCAUGUUAAUGUUAACGAAUUUUAUAUUUAGAGCAGAUAUCAAGACGAAAGAGAAAAUUCAAUAGCAAACAAGAAAUGAUUUUUGUGUUUUACGUUACGUAAAAUGUAUAUGAAUAAGAAACUUUUCCGAAACCAUGUGACAAAUUUUGCUACCAGUAUAUUGAAAGUGCAAGAAAUAUAUCAUUUUCAUGUGUAUGUCACAUGUGUAUGAUGACUGUUUUAUUUGUGAUUGUAAUGGGGUAUGAAUGACGAUUGUUAAAAAUAUUUAGCUGAAACUAUGCGGCAUUUGCUGAAAAUAAUGGUAGCAAUAAAAACUUUGUAUC